AUGGCUGAAGUGGCAGACGCAGGCCCGGUCGAACCGCAGGCCCGCCAUGUUGUGUACUGUGGAGAUGCGGUAACGGCCAACCUCUCAACCCUCUCCGUCUCAGCACAAGAGCGUGCCGCCAAAGACGCUGCCAAGAAAGAAGCAAAGGCCGCGCAGAACGAGCAGCGGGACGCGGAACGGAAAGCCGCGUCCAAGGUCUUUAUCAAGCGGGUCGAGCGAAACAAACGCAAGCACGUCACCGUGAUUAUGGGACUGGAGGUCUUUGGGCUCGAGAACAAGAAGCUGGCCAAGGAGCUGGGGAAGAAGUUCGCGACGGGAUCGUCGAUGACCCGGUCGCCUGCGGGGGCGGAGGAGAUUACCGUGCAGGGCGAUGUGAGUGAGGACGUGAAGGAAUGGCUGCUGGAGGUCUAUGGGGACAAGGUGCCCGAGGCCAAUAUCGAGCUGAUUGAAGAUAAGAAGAAGAAAAAGGCAGAUGCCGCGGCGGCGGCUGUCUAA